GACGCAACUCAACGUCACUCUGAUAAAGAAAGUUCAGAGACCUGGGAGCAAUGCUUCCUGCCAGACUCAGCUCGUCAUUCGAGCAUUGUCGACGAGUCCUGGAAACCUCUGAACAUGCUUCGUCUUCACUUUCAGGCCACUUCUCUUUCAUGAACUAUUCCCAUAUCGUACUUGGCUCGCUUACACAACUAACAAGACCUUCAUCUGAUAAAAAACAUCACAGAGAACUUCAUCUCAAGAAUGUGCGGGAUAACAGCCAUCGUCCAAUCCGGCAGUCCGCAAAACGAUUCAUUGGGACGACGCGCCGAUGUGCAAAGCAAACUAACACGAAGCCUAUCCAUUCUUCAACAUCGAGGUCCAGACGCAGAAGGAACAUGGAUCAACAGCGAUGCUACCGUCGGCCUGGGUCACGCCCGCCUCUCAAUCAUAGACCUCUCCCCAACGGGCCUUCAGCCCUUACACAGUGAAGACGAGAAAAUCCACGUCAUCGUGAAUGGCGAGAUCUACGACCAUGUGGCCAUCCGCGGCCGCUGUACCGCUGAAUUCGACUACAACUUUUCCGGGCGGAGCGACAGCGAGGUCAUCCUAGCGCUGUACCAGCACCAUGGAGCCCCCGAGUUCUUUGAGCACCUGCGCGGCGAAUUCGCCUUCGUCUUGUACGAUGAGCGAUCCGGGGACGUCAUUGCCGCAAGGGACCGGUUCGGCAUCAAGCCUCUUUUUUGGACCUACAGCAGCGGGGCGCCGCCCAACCUGUUAAUCGCCUCGGAGAUGAAGGGGUUUUUGCCCAUGGAGUGGAAGCCCGAGUGGGACGUCGAUGCCAUCUGCAGCGGUGCGGCGGUUUUGGGCGAAGGUACUCUGUUCAAGGGGGUGAAGAAGGUGUUACCAGGGCAUUGGGCACGGUUUGGUCGAGAUGGCAGCGUGACGCAGCAUCGGUAUUGGGAUGCUGAGUAUGCUGACAAGACCGUCAGAGAGACACGCAGCAUGGAUGAGAUGGUUGACGGAGUCAGGGAGCGCUUGGUAGAUGCCGUCCGGCUCCGUCUCCAAGCUGAUGUCCCGGUCGGAAUCUACCUAUCAGGUGGCCUCGACUCGUCCAUUGUGGCAGGUAUAACCACGCAGCUCGUGCGAGAAAGGGGAGUGAAGUUGGGGAACCAGGUCAUCAGAGAUAGGAUCACUUGUUUUAGCAUAUCCUUCACGUCUGAUGCAGAGUACAACGAAUAUGACAUUGCAGAACGCACUGCGGAAUGGCUUGAUCUAAAUAUAGUGAAGAAGAUCAUGGACGAGGAAGAACUGGCAAAGCAUUUCGCCGACUCCGUCUAUCACACCGAGCACCACCACUUCGACAUGAACAGCGUUGGAAAGUAUGCGCUUUCUGAGCUACCCCGUCAGCAAGGAAUUCCCGUAGUGCUGACGGGCGAGGGGGCAGACGAGCACUUUGCAGGGUACCCUUUCUUAGUCUCUGACUUUCUGCGAGAACCCGACGAAGCCUUACCGUCAACGGAGCUAGCAAAGGAUGACGAGCUACGGGAAGCGUUAUACAAGUCCGCGGCAGCGCAAUUGCGGAGCAUGUACAAAAGGAUGGGCAUGUUUGACCACUCCCAAACGGAAGAGAGCACCGGCUUCGACCCUCUUGAGGGCUUGGACGUCUUCCUGGUUCAGUGGCGAGGCUUUCCCUCGUCGGACGUGUUCGCCCCUUGGGUGAGGGACAAACAGAGCGCACUCGGCGUUUAUGAAGCAAUACUCAACUCCAUCCCUCCAGACGCCCGAGAAAAAAUUCGAACGCGCUGGCACAGCCUCCACUCGGCGCUAUACGUCUUCCUAAAGACUUCCCUGGCGAACAUGGUCUUGACUUGUCUGGGGGAUAGGUCGGAGAUGGCUCACAGCAUUGAGGCGCGCCUCCCGUUCCUGGACCACGAGUUGGCGGAGUACGUCAACGGGCUUCCGCCGAGCGUCAAGAUGAGUUAUAACCCCGAGAAUUCUACUGGAGUCAAUCACGAUGAGAAGGGGAAUAUAGCGCCUCAGAGCUUCUUCUGGGAGAACAUGGCUGCUGUUCGAGACCGCAUCAUUGACAAGAAGGUCCUGCGAGAGGCUGGGCGGCCGUUUAUCACGGAUGAGAUUUACAACCGCAAGAAGCACCCGUACUCUUCCCCGUGAAAAUGGCCCGUUGAUGGGCAUAUACAUCGAACGUUUUCGGGGUUGCUAACGAAAGAGGCGGUUGAACACCUCGGUUUCGUCGAUUUUGAGGUCAUUUCUCGAUGCCUCGAUACUGCUUUUGGUGAUGACGGCGACCCGGGAGCAUUUAGGAAGUUGGUCGUCGUGGGUUCUUGGGUGAUUUUGAGCCAGAGGUUUGGAGUGAAGACAGCCAGACAUUCUGCGUAGACCGAUGACAGCCCCAAGGAGAUAUCUCAAAAGCUUUUUACUGCAUG